UAAAGGCUUUCCUUGGCAUCCCAGAAAUGCAACACAACUACUUACAAUAAAGCUUUUUCUUCUCAUUUCCCCUCUUUCUUUCUCUAAUUUCAAGCUUUUUAUAUUUAAACAAAUGGGGAACAGAGGCUCCUCAGCCAAAAUCGUGGAAAUUCACUCCAGCAGCCAGUGGAGAGGCCAUCUGGAGGCCUCAAAGCAAAGUAACAAACUGGUGGUGAUCGAUUUCUCGGCGAACUGGUGCGGACCCUGCAAAAUGAUGGAACCGACGAUUGAAGAAUAUGCCAAUAUGUAUGAUGAUGUUGAGUUCCUCAAGAUUGACGUCGACACUUUACCCGACGUGGCCGGAGAACUCAAAGUUGACGCUAUGCCAACCUUCGUUCUUGUUAAGAAAGGCAAGGAGGUAUGCAGGUUGGUGGGAGCUAGAAAGACCGAACUCCAGAAGCUCAUUGAGAAACACAGGCUUCUUAAUUAGCCUUAUUUUUCAAUUUGGGGAAUCAUGAGAGCAUAAAUAAAUAAAAAUUGGCUGAUGAAUAAGCACUGCUCUGAGGUUAUGUUUGUUAUAUACACACCCAUUGAAGGGUUAAUCUCACUUAUUUUGUAUCAAAUAAGGUUGAUCAACAAUUCAAUCUUUUUUAUUAUCA